AUGAGUUCUUAUUUUGUCAACUCGACCUUCCCGGUGAGCCUGGCGGCGGGGCAGGAGCCCUUCCUGGGCCAGCUCCCGCUGUACCCCUCGGGCUACGCGGACCCUCUGCGGCACUACCCGGGCACCUACGGAGCGGCGCAGGACAAGGGCUGCUACUCCUCCUCCUCCUCCUCCUCCUCCUCUCCCUACUACCAGCAGAGCUCGGCGCCGUUCGGCGGCCGCGCCGCCGCCUGCGACUUCGGGCCCGGCGGCUUCUUCAGGGACAAGGAGCCGGCGUGCGCCCCGGGCGGCCUGGACGAGGCGCCCGCCUUCAAGGACUGCGCGCACGGCAAGGGCGCCUUCGGAGAGAGCGAGGAGCAGAAGUGCUCCGCGCCCGUGUACCCCUGGAUGCAGCGGAUGAACUCCUGCAACAGUUCGUCCUUCGGGCCGAGCGGCCGCCGCGGCCGCCAGACGUACACGCGGUACCAGACGCUGGAGCUGGAGAAGGAAUUCCACUUCAACCGCUACCUGACCCGGCGGCGCCGCAUCGAGAUCGCGCACUCGCUGUGCCUGACCGAGCGCCAGAUCAAAAUCUGGUUCCAGAACCGGAGGAUGAAGUGGAAAAAGGAGAACAAACUGCUCGGCUCCUCGCAGCUCAGCGCCGAGGAGGAGGAGGAGAAGGCGGCGGAGUGA